AUGGGUCGUCCAAAGAAAUCAAAAGCUGCUUUGUUAGCUAAUAUAAGCAAAAUUGGAAAAAGUGCUGGUGAUAAAUGUACAAAAAUUGUAGAUCAUAAUGAUCAGGAAUAUGUUGCAAAAUCAAAUUCUAAAGCCAGUAGAUUUAAUGAUAAAGUUUCAAAAGAAAAUGUCAAUGAAUUGCUUGUAGUCCAUGAAUCUGAUAGUCCUACAGAAAUUUCAUAUGAAAAAGUAGAAAUACCUGUGAAAAGCAAGAUUAACAAUAGUUAUACACCAGAAGCUAUUUAUCUUCACCAUAGAGAUGAGAAUCAUUAUGAAGUGGUUGGAAAUGUUGAGAGAAGUGAACUUAUUAUAGUUACUGAUGAUAAUGUUGAUACACAACUAUCAGGUAAAAGAAAACAUUUGAAAAAGAAACGAGGUAGUAGAUGGAGAUCUAUUAAAAAGCGAAGUAUUUAUUUUCAAAACUAUCAUUUAGUAAAGAAAGAACUAAACUCUGGGCAAAAAGUCAGAUCAAACUGGAAACUUGCAUUUAGAACCAAAAAAGAAAUUAAUAGUUUGAAUAAAAGGAGGAGAAAACAAUAUCAGAUUAGUUAUAUUAAAGCUCAUUUAAAAAGAAAAUAUGCAAACCAAUUAAGGUCUAUACUACACACACAAUAUGAAACAAUACUAAAACCAAAACUUGGAGACAAAUAUCAAAAUGUAUUAAAACCAAAACUUGAAGACAAAUAUCAAAAUGUAUUAAAACCAAAACUUGAAGACAAAUAUCAAGAUGUAUUGAAACCAAAACUUGAAGACAAAUAUCAAAAUGUAUUAAAACCAAAACUUGAAGACAAAUAUCAAAAUGUAUUAAAACCAAAACUUGAAGACAAAUAUCAAAAUGUAUUGAAACCAAAACUUGAAGACAAAUAUCAAAAUGUAUUGAAACCAAAACUUGAAGACAAAUAUCAAAAUGUAUUGAAACCAAAACUUGAAGACAAAUAUCAAAAUGUAUUGAAACCAAGGCUAAAGAACAAAUAUCAAAAAGUUUUAAAACCAAAGCUUAAGGUUAAAUAUCAAAAAAUCUUAAAAUGGGAAUUAAAAUGUAAAUAUAUAUAUGAAAUAAAGUUAAAACUGAAACAAAGGAUACUUGAAACAGUUCAGAUAUAUUGUUGUAUUUUAAAGGAAAGAAGAUGGGUAGGGGAGACCAUUUACCUCUGUUGGGUGGGGGUGGGUAACGAUGGGGGUUUGUCAACAUUUGAGGAAAUAUAUAUAACAUGUUGA